ACUAAUUCUGCGGUAAAGAUGGCGGCGUCGGAGGGGGCGCGUAGUGGCUUCAGCAAAACGGAACGACCCCGUAUGGGUUCGUUUUAAAAUUAAAAAAAAAAAAAAAAAAACUUCGGGGAGGGGGGAUAAAGAAUUCCCGGUUUGCCGACACGCUGCGCGGUGCUGUUAAACUGAACAGAAAGAUUUUGUGACACAUUGUGUAAGUGAUAGAAGCAGGGUGGGUGGGAUCUCUCUCUCACACUCACAUACUCACACUCACACACUCACACACACACACACACACAGCUAACGUUAGCAAGUGAGCUAAGCGGCGCUUGGGGGUGGAAGAACGCCGUGAACAGGCCGCUCCGCUGUUCCGCUGGGGUAUGUGAUCCGGGUGGCGCGGCAGGCUUCCCUUGCUUUUCACACAGGGCUCGUCAGAUGGGACAGCAGGUAGGCCGCGUGGGUGACGGGGCUCCGGCGGGGCUCCAGACGCCUCCGCAGACCCAGCAGCAGCAGCAGCACCCGGGCAAAGCCAACCGGGCGAGCAGCUCCGGGAGGAGAGCCAGGGAAGUUACGAGCACCGGAGCGCCACCGUGCAGGACCGCGGCCACUGCUAGCAUGCCGGACCCGGGGGUUAAUAUAUUCACUCAACACUCAGAAGCCCUGCACAGGCCGUUCGGGCUGGACUCUGCCGCGCUAACGGAGGCCGUGCGCUGGAGCUCGAAGGAGAACCUGCUGGGCGCCGCCGAGAGCGACCCCAACCUCUUUGUCGCACUUUACGACUUCGUUGCCAGCGGCGACAACACACUGAGCAUUACGAAAGGCGAGAAGCUGCGGGUGCUCGGCUACAACCAGAACGGCGAGUGGAGUGAGGUGCGCUCGAAGAACGGCCAGGGCUGGGUCCCCAGCAACUACAUCACGCCCGUCAACAGCCUGGAGAAGCACAGCUGGUACCACGGGCCCGUGUCGCGCAGCGCCGCCGAGUACCUGCUCAGCAGCCUGAUCAACGGCAGCUUCCUGGUGCGCGAGAGCGAGAGCAGCCCCGGCCAGCUGUCCAUCUCCCUGCGCUAUGAGGGUCGCGUCUACCACUACCGCAUCAACACGGCCUCCGACGGCAAGGUGUACGUAACAUCCGAGAGCAGGUUCAGCACAUUGGCCGAGCUGGUCCACCAUCAUUCCACCGUCGCAGACGGCCUGGUGACCACCCUUCACUACCCCGCCCCCAAAUGCAACAAGCCCACCGUCUACGGGGUCUCGCCCAUCCACGACAAGUGGGAGAUGGAGCGCACGGACAUCACCAUGAAGCACAAACUGGGCGGAGGCCAGUACGGGGAGGUCUACGUGGGCGUCUGGAAGAAGUACAACCUCACGGUCGCCGUCAAAACACUCAAGGAGGACACCAUGGAAGUGGAGGAGUUUCUGAAAGAGGCUGCGGUCAUGAAGGAGGUGAAGCACCCCAACUUGGUGCAGCUGCUGGGUGUGUGCACACUGGAGCCUCCCUUUUACAUCGUGACGGAGUACAUGCCACACGGAAACCUGCUGGACUACCUGCGUGAGUGCGACCGGGAGGAGGUGAACGCUGUUGUGCUCCUCUACAUGGCCACGCAGAUCUCCUCUGCCAUGGAGUACCUGGAGAAGAAGAACUUCAUCCACAGGGACUUGGCUGCUCGGAACUGCCUGGUAGGGGAGAACCACGUGGUAAAAGUGGCUGAUUUUGGCCUGAGUCGUCUGAUGACGGGCGACACAUACACGGCUCACGCAGGAGCGAAGUUCCCCAUCAAAUGGACUGCACCAGAGAGCCUGGCGUACAACACCUUCUCCAUCAAAUCAGACGUCUGGGCGUUUGGGGUGCUACUGUGGGAGAUCGCGACCUACGGCAUGUCGCCAUACCCCGGUAUUGACCUGUCACAGGUCUACGACCUGUUGGAGAAGGGGCUCCGCAUGGAACAGCCAGAAGGCUGUCCCCCUAAAGUCUACGAGCUCAUGAGGGCCUGUUGGCAGUGGAGCCCGUUGGACAGGCCCUUGUUUUCGGAGAUCCACCAGGCCUUCGAGACCAUGUUCCACGACUCCAGCAUAUCAGAAGAAGUGGCAGAGGAGCUGUGCAAGACUGCCUCUUCUGGUAAGGGAGGGGUAGUGCACGCGCUGGGCCACGACCAGCCCCUGCUGCCCUGUAAGGCGCGGCUGCAGAAGAAACACUCAGACAACAAGGAGAACUUGGAGGGGCUGGACGUGUGGCAGGAGGGCGGCACCCACGGCCCUGCAGGCCUCCCGGCGGCUCUGCUGGCGGGCGGCUCGCCCGCUCUGCCCCGCAAGCAGAGGGACAAGUCUCCGUCAGGUCUGCUAGAGGACGCGCUGGACGCCACCUUCACCCGCGACCGCAAGGCCGGCUUCUUCAGCUCCUUCAUGAAGAAGAAGUCCGCGUCCUCCUCCUCCUCCUCGUCCUCCCCGGCGCAGCAGAGCCUCCCUAUGCCUCCCAAGAGGAGCAGCUCCUUCCGCGAGAUGGAGACACAGCCCCAGAAGAAGUACGAGCCGGCGGCGGGGUUCGGCGCACCUCCGCCGGCCCUGCCCCAGCCCGACGGUCUGAGCUUCUCCCCGUCGCACGGGGAGGGCAACCACAUCCAGUCCCGCUGCUGCGGCGCCACCUUUGGGCAGAAGGCGACGGGGGCGAGCGGCGGGGCAGGUUCCACCCAGUCGGGUGGUGGUGGCGGCGGCAGCAGCAGCAGCUGGGCAGGCUUAGCCGGCUUCUUCACGCCUCGCCUCAUUAAGAAGACGCUGGGGCUGCGAACUGGGAAGCCCUCGGCCGACGACGGGGGUGGAGCGGCCAGGCCUUUCCCACGCUCCAACUCCACGUCCUCCAUGUCGGCGGGCCUGCCUGACCUGGAGCGCAUGGCACUGACGUUGCCGCGGAACCGCAGCAAGCCGCCGUUGGAGCGCACGGCCUCGGCCACGUCGCAGCCAGACAACGGGGCGACGCGCAAGGCAGACGAGGGCACAGCACAGAUCCGUGACCGGCCCAAGGCCAAGCUGUUACCGCGGGGAGCGUCAGUGGGCCUGGGAGGGGCCAGAGCACCGGGGGUGGGGGCUGAUGCGGAGUGCGACACCCACGGACGGCUCAGGGAGGGGCAGGACGAGCGGCUGGGCUGGUCUUCGCCGUCGAAGGCGUCUCCGGCAGGCGGCGUGUCUGUGGGACCACACAACCACAAAGUCCCAGUCCUGAUCUCCCCUACACUGAAGCACAGCCCAGCCGACGUGCACCUGGUCGGGGUGGACUCCCAGGGCAACCGCUUCAAACUGUUAGCCGACAGUGCUGGCGACCGCGACCGGCCGCGACUGGUCAAGCCCAAAUGCGCGCCCCCUCCCCCGCCCAUGCUGCGCGCUCUCCAGCAUGCCUACGGUGCGGACGGUGCAGACGACGGCCUGGAGGUCAACGGGGACGGGGUCAAGCGAUCGGGGAGGGGGCCGGGCGCGGCUCGGCCGUGCAUCCCUCCGCCGCAGGUGCCUCCGGCGGCCUUGACCUCCACCGCCGGCACAACCACCCCAACCAAAAUGGCCAACGGAGCGUCCAGUGGCGCGUCCUCUGCCUCCUCCAAGCUGACGCUGCGUCGGACUCGGCAGCAGACUGAACGCACGCCCCUGGAGAAGGUGAGCAAGGAGGCCCUGCUGGAGUGUGCAGAGUGCCUGAGCAGCGCCCUCUACAGCAGCGCUGAUGCCCCCUACAGCAGCCAUGUCCUGGACGCGGGCCACCAGCUGCUGGACUACUGCUCGGGAUACGUAGACUGCAUCCCACAGACGCGCAAUAAAUUCGCCUUCCGUGAGGCUGUGGGGAAAUUGGAGCUGAGUCUUCAGGAGCUGCGGGCGUCCUCUGCGGGUGGUGGAGGGGUGGCGGGUGGAGCUGGCACAAGCCCCGCCCUUGAAAACUUGCACUCUUGUAUUAAAGAAAUCAGUGACGUGGUGCAAAGGUAGCUAGUGGGUCCACAUAUCCCUGACUCUCAAACUACCCAAAACUUUUAGAAUAAAUGCUUUUUUCCUUUUUUUUUUUUUUUUUUUAAUGUAUUGUUUAAAUGAUUGGAGACAAAGAAUAUACUUGCAGAAGUACCUCAGUAAAAUCACUACAAAUGGUCUGUCUCUCUCUCUCUCUCUCUCUCUCUCUCUCUCUCUCUCUCUCUCUCUCUCAUUGUUUACAGUUGACUUGUUCUUUUAGAUCAUCCGUUGGGAACACAGUUCUAAACUUGUAUAUAAGCUCACUGUCCACAAACAAUGACACAUGGUCCUUUUGACCCAGGAAUGGCCACAUAUUUUGUGACUGGUUAAGAAGAGCCUAAAUUUGAAAGGGCAGGGUCUAAUCAUCCUGUCUAAUCACAUAUUUAUAUGAGAACGUUAGAAAGAUUUCAGAUUGUCGUGGUUGUUGCACGAAAAAGUUCUCACAAUAACUGGAUAUUGUGUCAGUGUCUCAAUACACGAGUCCUACUACCAUAGAAUUAUAUAGGGCAGGGUUACGCUCAGCAUACACCAUUAAAAGUUAGCAGUACUGAGCCUUUUAACAUGAAUGUGUGUAUCAUGCAAUCAGUGUCACCUUUAAUAUCAUUUCAAGGAUCUGUUUACAGAGUUUGCAACAUUUGAAAAGAUAAGGCUAUGAAGCGGUCUGCACAUAUGCCUGUCUCUGUAUUUACAUUUCUGAGAACACAGUGCCAUUUAUUCACAGGAAGAGAGUAAAUAACAGUUUGUGUGUGUGUGUGUGUGUGUGUGUAUAUACACACACACACACACACACUACAGAAAAGGCCUUGCAGAGGAUGCUUUAAAGUGUGAUGUCUGUCAAAGUUUUUAUUUAAGUGUCCUUUAAAGAUGGGCAAAUGUACACCCAAAUCAUCUCGAGUUCAGUCUACUGUGGUCUUGUAAUUCAAUAAACCCAGUCAUUUAUUUAUAGAAUCAGAAUCAGUCUGAAGCUGUUGGAACACUCUGACCAAACAGGACUCAACAAACACACUUCUCACAAUCUGAAGAGGCCAGGCAACUUAAAAAAGAACUGGCCAACCAAACAAACUGUGAAUGAGGAAAAACAAGGAUGCAUGGUAAUGAUGAUCAAUAACUUCAGUAAUCAUGCUUAAUUAUCUGCUUCCACAUGAGGAUUUCUCAGAUAUGUAGUAUUAAUAUAAUUAAUCAUUAAUUGGAUUGUGGUGCACCAGACAUGCUUGUGUCUGGCCACAAGAUUUGUAACUCGAAGUGCUGUGCAUAGGGUGAAAUGUACUUUAUAUGUCAAAUAUCAACCAUUGUCCAGAAUUAUCUACAAUAUCCGUAUUUAAUUUCACAGACAAGAAUAUUGAGUAAAUAACUUUCAUAUCACACCAACUAGCUUCAUUUUAUGUCCAUGCAUCCCAAGUGAGUAGACUUCCUAUGACUAGCCAACUGGUGGAGCACCUCUACCAACAGCUUGUGUUUGUUGGAGAAAGUUGGGUCAGUGAGGCCUGACUUAAUUUCAGACAUGUAUUUGUGUUUGUCCAGGUUGAACGCAGGCACAAGAAUAGCCACUGUGUCGUUUCCACUGUGACUGCACACUUACUGCAGAAGAACACACAAACUGCAACGUUAUGGCAACAAUGCUAGAUAUGAAUGACCCCACAAACUGCCAUUUCUAUAGCACAUUGACUUGUACCUUUUUUUUUUUAACUUUAGAAUGUCCAUGUGUAAACUUGAAUUUUAAAUUAUUUUUUAUUAAAAGCACAUUGUUUUAAUGUUUUUGUAAAUAUAAUUGCAUAUUUUUCCUAUCCACAAAAAGUCAUGUUUGUUUAGUUAUUGUAAAGUCCUGCAGUGGCUGGUGAACAGAAGGAUAUUUUUCCUAACAGGAAAUAACUAAAUGAAAACAAAGGUCACCAUCAGAGCAUCUACAACAUGAAUGUAUCCAUCUGUUACAUGCAAGAAUGUUGCAUUAUUUUGUAUGACUUGCGCUGUGAUCAGGCACUAGUCUUUUAAGUAUGAAUUUCACCCUUUUUUAAAGUAUGACAUUUUCACACUUUUUAAUAUUCAGAAUCCAUACAACUCCAAGUAAGAUUACAGAUGUUCUGCAAAACAGGGUGCAGUUCUCUCUCAUAAUUUUUCUCAUUGUCAUUUUAAAGAUUUAAUUUGUAUUUUUACACUGGAUGCCAUUUUAAACCAUAAAUGUUGAUGCUCUUGCCUUACGUCAUCUAUGGGAUGUAAUAUGGAAAUGUAUUAUUGUGUCUUUACUAUUCAUCUCUGAUUCAUUUCAGCUCUUCUGUAGCAGAGCAAAAUGUGUUUACCAUACUUUAAGGGAUUUCGGAUUUAAAAACCCAGCUCUGUUUAGUUUGACCAUUAAUCUCUGCCCUACGCAAGAUUUCAUGGUGCCUUUUGUGAGAUGUUAUGGUUAAAAAUGAAACUGAUGUAGGUAGAUUGUGAAGAUGGCAUUGAGGAGCAGUUACUCUCUUUUCAAAUUUGAAAUGUUUGACUCAUCAGGGGUUACACGGUGUCCGACUUGAACAGAAAGAUGUGCAAUGUUUUGUCCUGUAUCAGAUAAAAAUAUAUGGCUUUUACGCCUAUUGCUUUGCUGGUGGAGUUGACUUAUUUGUUGCAUUUUGUUGGAUUUGCCACAUUCUAAUGGAACUUCCAUCUCAGUCAGAAAUAUCGCUUCUCAUUUAAAAGAAAAGGACAAAGAUAAAAAUUAUCUAUAAAGAGAGCUAUAGGUCUGACGUAUUAUUAAAGUACUAGUAGAGGACAUUUCUCAGUGGAAUGGCUGUAUAUAUGGGGAAAAGGUUUAAAACAGUGAAGGUUUGCCCUAUUUGCGUAUGAUUUUCAGGUAGCAUUUUGAAACAUCAAAGCCUUUAAAACUGUGUGUUUUACUGCACCCGUUGAACUACAGUUUCGGUGAAUUUGCCAAGUUAAAAGCUGACCAUGUAGUCUCUUCCCUUCCUCUCGUUAUUCGGCCUUUUAUCUAGUUUGGCAUCUUUAGUAUGAAGAUAAUUUAUGAAUUGCCCACAAAAAGGUCCUGUCAAGUCCGUCAGGAUCAUGCAUCACUAUUUGUCUUUUGUGGGUUUUCUAAGAUCAGUGGAUGGGUUCUACAGAAUUUCUCAUGUUUCUCUUAAGUUUUUUUAGGUUUGUAAGCUUCUAACGGUUAAAAGCCUCCUUGUAGUGUGACUCAAACAAAUGAUUUGUCAGCACAUACCACACAACACUUUAUUUAGGACCUGUUUAAGCCCUGGUUUUCACUCUACCUUUUCAUUUUUACAUUUUUAAAAUUUAUUUUUCAGUUUUAUUUAUGAUUUCUUUUUUUAAUAUUGAAUCCAGGAAAUCACACAUUCUUGAAGAUUGUCUUUUGUAUGGAGUUUUUAAGUUUGUAGAUUUUUUUUUUUUAAUGUAAAACGUCAUUUAUAUACCAAAGGCCACCUCUGCAGUCCUUUAAGUGCAAUGUCAAAUGGAACAGUCUUAAUUUUGAAUAUGUGAAUUUUAACAGGGAUUAAAAGGGCAGAGGCUGACAAAUUAACAGUAUUUUUCUGUUAUGUAAAAAGUAUAUUUUGUGUGACUAAUUUAAAGCUCACUUUUAAUAGCAUAUUACUGUGAAGUGAUCCCUCAGUGUUAGACUUGAUGUAAAUAAUUAAAAGGGUUGAAGAUAA